AACUGUGCAGCGUUCAUGAUCAAGUGUACGACGCACGUUGGUUCGAACACUUUGUUAAAACGUUUAGUUUUCUUGCGAUCUGGUACAGAACCACAAAGAUCUGCAGGUGAAUGAUGUCUUCAAGUGAACGACGCCCAGGUACCUCUCUUGAUGAAAGCUUGACUAACAUGCAGUGGCUGUGCAAACUGGAUUCUAAUCCACUGCUGGAGACUCAAAAGUCAAAUGAUACAACAACUUCUGAGACAACGUCAAUGAAUCCACACCCAAAGCCCCCUUACUCUUAUGCAACCCUUAUUCUACUUGCUAUUAACAGUACACAAGAGAAACGUAUGACGCUACAAGACAUAUACAAAUGGAUUGAAGAUAACUUCCCCUAUUAUAAAAAUUGCAAAAAGGCAUGGAAGAACUCCAUUCGCCAUAACUUGUCACUCCACAGCUUUUUCCUCAAAGCUCACAGACCUUCCAGUCUGCCUGGUAAGGGUAGUUACUGGUGCAUAUCACCAGAAGGGAAGGAAAACAUAAUGAAAGAAGUUAUGAAGCAUCAACAGCCCCUCAUGAACCAAACUGUGACCAUAGAUCAAUCAAAUACAAAAGGCUUGCGACCUAUUCUGCCCAAACCUGCCGACAAUGUGCCCAUGUCAAGCCCAUUCUCAAACAAGGGAGGUGUUCAAAUUAUAACGGACGGAAGCCUCUCUGGAUUGCCCAGUAGUAUACCAGUUGUAAUCUUACCAACACAGAUUUAUAUGAACAUGGCAAACAAAAUAGCAGCCCAAGCUGGGAUAGGAAAUAUGGCUGCCGUUGGUGUAAAUCCAAGUUAUGUUCCUGUGACGUCAGAAACAUCAAUUGCAGAGAGUGCUACAGAAGCUCCACAAGUACAAGGACCUCAAGGACUUGGACAAGAAAGUGAUAGCGGCCUUGCGGGAACAAUUUCUACCGAGGAGGAAGUGGGAUCUGGAUGUUCAUCUUCUCUAAAUCAAAGAGAGCAAAACAUCAGCCAGAGCAGUGCCUUGACUGUGACAGUGGAACAAGCCCUUUGCAAUAUUGAAGACAGGGAAAAUGAACUUAUAUCAAAUGGUUGCACCACAAGUAAAUCAACUAGCAGCAGGAAAACCUGCAAUAAUCCCUCUUUGAGUGAAGAUAGAAUCGAAAAUGAAAUGUUGGCUCCACAUGCCAAGAAAACAAGAAUGGACAAAAGGAAAACAAAGCCUGGCAACGGGAUCAAGACAUCUACAACAAGUUUUCAAAAGAGGCAAAAUUUACCUCAACCCAGACGAUCUCCACUACGACCACGCCCACAGCCUACCUUAGCAGCCAUCAAUUCACAAGCCAAUGAGAUGACAUCACCAGGACCUAUGUUUAAUAAAAACAAUACUAGUGACAUUACAUGCCUAUCACCAGUUAAACCAAUGAUAACCCCCACCAAGGCCUGCACCAACCAGAGCUUUCUGGCUUCUCUUUUGGUUUCACCUCUGAAUUAUGGUAGUGGUCACCUGGGGUUCACUCCCCUGAGCCAUGGCUCAGACAGUGGGUUUUUCACACCACUCAAGGAUGGGGAGUUUGAUUAUGGAUUUCUGUUUUCUCCAGAGAGAUUUAGCAUCAGCAAGGCGUGCAGUACACCGCAGAGUUGCCGGAAGUCAUUAGGUCUUGGCUUGGCCAACAAGAGUGAAGAUAAAAAAACUGACGCUCAAUGCAGUGGGUAUGAUAUGGAUUUCACAAAACUUUAACUUGAUUUUAUUCAUUAAAAUAAUAUUCUCGACUGUAAAGUACCUAUUUCAGUACCUGCCAACAAAUUUUCUCCUUGGGCUUUUACAACAAUUUUCAAUAGUCAAGUGCAGCAAUUCAAAGGAAUAGGCUAUAUUACUCUGAAUUCUUAGUUUUCUUUGUCAGAUAAAGCUGACUGUCAGUACCCAUGAAAAAGAAAUAUUUGGGUCUUUUUCAUGAAUUUUUGAAAUUCCCAGGGAAGAAAAUGUAGCUAUAUCAGUGACAGUGCACAGCUGUAUAAAAAAUGUACAAUGUGUAUUAAAUUAUUUUAGAAAAAUUAAUAUAUGAUAUUAUUCUAGACACAUCAGAUAUUGCUCUCUGAUCUUUCAUACUAGUUUCAUAUAAAUUUACUCACUUGCAAACUAUAUUUUUGUUGACUUAAUAUUUUGUGCAAAUUUUACUCUGUGUGAAAUAGUUCUCUUUUCUUUUAGCUCUGGAGAACAACAACUAAGUGUGUAUUUCUAAACUAAAUAUCUUUGCUAAUUAUUUGGAGAUAUUUUAUAUAAUUAUAAACUGGGAUUUCUUGUUGAAGUGUGAAAAAUGUAUUCAUCUUAGAUAGAAGGAAAAACAAGUUCUGGGGUGCUGAUCAAAUGAAAACAUUUAUAAAUUGACGAAUUCUGUCAACGGUAGUACAAUUUCUAUGGUAACAUUUAUCAUACACAAUAGCUUGUGAAUGGCCCAAUGUAAUGAGUAUAAUUUUACAAUAAUGGAAACAGUGCGAUUCUCAUACUGUACUGGUAGUUUUUCUCUCUAUUGUGAUUAUCAUUCAUUACUCCCAUUACUUCUGAUCAAUAUUUUUUCAGAAUCUUGUGUGACAAUAUUACAACAAAGCAAGCGGUUGUACGGAAACAUAUGAAUAAAAGUUCAGCCAAGUGGCAUGACUAA